UUGGCCAAGAAAAAGGAACUAAGGUAAAAGAAUUGAUAGUCCAUCUUCCUUCCCCCCAUCCACACCCCACCUUAUUUUUUUUCAGUAGCCUUGAGGAAGUCCAUCUUCCUUUCUAACAUAUUUGGCUGCUUGUUUUUUGUAUUGCUGUUCCUUCAACUCCGGUUAGAGCAAUGUGCUCAAGUGCUUAUCUAUUGCAAGUUCUAUGGCCUUCACUCAAACGGUGUCAGUGGCUUCUUUAAUUUGUUUUUCUAUUCUAUUAAUUACAGAAAAUUUUUCUCAUAAUUCAAAAGAUCCACAGAUAUGUUGGCUUCAACUGUGGCCACUGGCACAUAUCCAAAUGAGGGAUGAUUCAGUCAUCUUGAACCCUGCCAUUGGUCGUUUUUCAUGGUGAUGAACCUUUUUUUUUUGGGUUGGAUGGAGUGAGGUGGGCAGCUCAAAGCCUUGAAGCAAAAGUAGAAAAGAAUUAACCCGUGCCUGAGCAUCAUCGUUUUCUCGGACUACUUUUGGGGAGUGAACCUGUGGAUCAUACUGACCGUUGAAUUGACUAUCAAUCUUUGGUAAAGGUUACAAAAAGAAAAUUCCGUAAUUCAAUAGCGGUCUUUUAUUGUGGUGGAGCCAGAGGAAUAACGCGUCGCACCUGUUACUGUUGGAGUACUUAAGUUAGGCCAGACAGGGCCAUCUUUCUUUUGUGUGUGCCUCAUGCUUUUGGUGAGUUUGGCGUUGCCCCUGAACCUUCUUAUAUUUUCUUCUCUUCUCAUUUGCUUUCUUCCCAAUACAAGACUAGAUUUGGGUUCUGAAACUGAGCAAUAAAUAAUAUGGAUUGGAGUUCUCUGGAGCUCAAAGUAAUUUCCUGCACAGAUCUCAAGGCCUUCAAUUUCUUCCAGAAACUCUCAGUCUACUCAGUCGUCUCUAUUGUGAAUGAACAAGCAAAGAAGAAAGAAGAGCAACACAAACGUCUGCAGCGUCAGAAAACAUCUAUCGACAGAGGAGGCAAGAACCCUGAAUGGAAUCAUGUAUUUCAGUUCGAUCUCAAGAGCUUACCUUCAGAGGAAACUGAUCGUCUUUUUCUCAAGUUUGAUUUGCGUCAUGAAGGUUUAGUUGGCAGAACAAUCGGCGAAGCACGCGUUCCGUUAAAGGAUUUGAUAGAGGAAUUCUGUGGAGUUGUGAGAUUUGUCAGUUACCAGGUUCGAAACAGUGAUGGGAAGCCUAACGGGCUAGCCGACAGAAUUAAUGUUGUAGCUGCGAAUGAAUCAAUGAAUGAAUUAGACUGGAAGAUAGAGUCUAGAAAAUUCGUGGAAAGACUUGAGUUUCCCAAGUCAAGUCAAUUCCAAGUUUUGAACGCAAUGUACAAGUGGCUUUAG